GCCUUACUGAGAAUAGUACACAAUCUUCACCAAGACAACCUUAUGCUACUAACAGCACCUUCACAGCCACAUCACCUAUUACACCACGCCGUUUCUCUUCAUCUACUACACGUAGUUUUGAUACGAGCGAUUACUUUUCUACUUUUCCAAUGAAUCAACCAAUAUCUGGGAUUUUAAAUAAUCCUAAUUCAAAAUCUUCAAAUUACGUAAAACCUUCAAAAAAUGAUAUCCCAUCAGUUCCCCAUACUCCAAUAAAAAAGAGUUCUCGUAAUCCUUAUUCUUUACAUUUGCCAUUACCAACUCCAACCACUUUCAUUACACCAACGCUAACAAGUCCUAUUGUUGAUCAACGAUUGCUUGAAUCUAAUAUUGAACUUCCUUUACUUGAAACUGUACCUUCAAUAUUCUUUGAUCCUAAUUUUAACUUGGAAAAUCCAAGAACAUUUGAUGCUGUAUGUGAACAAACGGACAUCAUCAAAGGAAAUCCCAAUGACCCUUCAAUAUCAACAAAUGCAAUUCUGCAAGAAAAAUUGUCUCAUUAUCUUGAUACUGUAGAGGUUCAUCUUACAAAAGAAAUAUCUUUAAGAUCUUCUUCAUUUUUUGCUGCUUUAUCAAACCUUCAGGCAUUACAUUCUGAAACCUUAGAAUGUGUUACCCAGAUUCAUAAAUUAAGAGAAGAGUUGGCUAGAAUAGAUGACACCAAAGCCAAAAAAGGUCUUGAAAUUGUUAGAUUAAAAAGACGUAAAGCAAAUACGGGCAGACUUUAUGAAGGGAUUAAAAUGGUUGCAGAAAUCAGAUCUAUUCAACCAAUGAUACAAGAAUUAUUAGGACAGGGUGAUUAUUUUUCAGCAUUAGAUUUAAUUGACGAAGCAAAUAGCUUAUUACAUGGUGGUAAUGUUGGCAGCAAUUCUGGUUAUAAUGGGAACGAGAAAAAUAUUAAUUUACAAUUUAAUAAUAAUAAUGGGUUAAAGACUCAGCUUACUUCUGGUAUUAAUAAUAGACCAAUAACUAUUUCAAGACUGAGUAAUGUGGCAAAUGAUAUUAAAAAAUCAGGUGUAAUUGAUUUAAGAGGAGUCAAAGCUUUAAUGCAUUUUAAUGGUCAACUUACUAAAGUGUAUAAAACUAUUGGAGUAAUGAUGGAAAAUGAUUUAAUAAAUAUGUUAUUUCUUGAUUUUGAAGAACAUGUAGACAAUGUGGAUAAAAGUGUAAUAAUAAACUCGCUAUACAAUUUUACUAUUCCUCUACCAACUAUUAAAAAAUCAAAUAUACAACAGACAUUCCUUUUUAAUAUUGACGAUAAAAAUCUCGAAAAAGAAGAUAAAUUAAAACAAAGAAUAUCACCAUUUAUCCUAGGAUUAUAUAAAAUGAAUUCACUUACUCACGCUUUACAAUCAUAUCGUGAAAGAAUGUUGGAUGAAAUAAAGAAAAUAAGUCAAAUACAAAUGCAUAAUUCUUCAUUAACAGCAAUACUUGCCGAUUCUAAAGAAGAUCAUUUAAACGAAUCUCACUCUGAACAAAAACUUGCCAAGGUAUUAAAAGGAAUGUCAUUUGAUACAUUUGUUGACAUGCUUUUAUCCAUUUAUGCAGUUCUACUCGAAGGAAUGAGGCGAAUCACAAUUUAUAACGAAAUAUUUAAUAAUAUACUGAAUGAAGCACAGAAUUCAGGAAAUUCUUCGGAUUAUAGUAAUGUUACACAGUUGAUGGAAGAAGUUGAACAAUCUGAUAAAGAAAUAGAAAAAUCAAAAAAUGAAACCAAUGUUUUAAGCAAUUCAAGAUUUUCAAAAGCACUCAGAAUCACAACUGGCAUUAAGUCUAUGAUACAAAAAAGAACUUCGUCAUUAACAGGUAAACCUGUUCCUGACAACAUCAACAACAACAAUAAUAGUCAACAUUCACAAUUAUUAUCUGAUUCCGUACAAAUUGUUUAUGCAACAGCAGAUUUGGCUCAUGUGCGAUGUGCUAGUAUGAUAGCAAUUCGUGCAGACCAAAAUGCUCAACUAAAUCAAAAAGACUUUUAUCGAUUGUUUAAUGUGACGUGGGCAUUUGUUUUAGAAUGUGAAAAUUUAUGUGGUAGAAUGUGUUAUGGACUUCGUGGAACAAUUAUGUCACAAGCUAAAGCAUUUUUAAAUCAUUUUCACAUGGAAAAGACAAAACAAGAGAAUACAUUAGUUGAAAAUGAACAAUGGGUUCAAGCUGAAGUGCCUAUCGAUUUCCAACGUAUCGUGGAUAGUAUAGUGUCAGCAUCUGUAUCAGGAUUGUCAUGUUUUAGAGAUGAUCCGUCAGAACCUUUAUCAUCACCUUCGCUACACUCAUAUUCUUCUCGUGCUCCAUCACAAAAUGAUAGCAGUAAUCGACAUAUUUUUGUUGAAGAACGAAAAUUUUUUGUGGUUGGCUGUAGUUUAUUACUGAUUAAAAUGCUUGGUGAUUAUUUAAAGUGCAUAGUUAAUAUACCUGCAUUAACAACUGAGACAAUGAAUCGUAUAAUUGAUCUAUUGAAUACAUUUAAUUCUCGAACAUGUCAAAUGAUUUUAGGUGCUGGAGCUAGGUUAUCUGCUGGUUUAAAAAAUAUUACAGCUAAACAUUUAGCACUUGCAUCACAAUCGCUGGGUGUGAUGAUUGCAUUAGUACCAUUUAUACGUGAAUGUAUAAGACAUAAUCUUGUUGUUAAACAAUUUGUAAUGUUGACAGAAUUUGAUCGAAUCAAAAAUGAUUAUGUUAAUCAUCAAAAUGAGAUACAUGCAAAAUUGGUUUCUAUUAUGAAUGAAAGAUUAAUUCAUCAUCUUCGAACUUUCCAGUCAUUGAAUUGGGAUGAACUACAAAACAAAGAAGGUCCUAAUUCUUAUAUAGAAUCAUUAAUAAAAGAAACAUCCACAUUACAUAAAGUUUUAAACAAGUAUCUUCCGCCUGAAACAUUACAAAAUGUGAUGACUCAAAUUUUCAAAUCUUCAAUGUCAAAAAUUGCAGAGGAAAUUGGCAAAUUGAAUAUUAAUACAUCUGAUGGGAAGAAGAGGUUGAUAGUGGAUAUACAACAUUAUGUAGGAAAAUUGUCAACUUUGGAAGGACAUAGAGAGCCAAUUACAAUGAGUGAAGAAUUGGAAAAGGCAAUUGAAAGUUUAGAAGUUAAAGAAAAUGAUAGUUUUAAUAAUAAUGCAAAUAGUAAUAAUGCAAACAGUAAUAAUGAUAAUGUUGAUACUACUGAUUCACAAUCAAAAUGA